AUGUGGGUCCAAAGGAAUGGCAUGUCUGGGUCGGCGAGAGGCGGUGCGGAGCAUUUGGCGCGGAUCCAUGGGACAGAGGAAGACAAGGUGAACUGCCCGUUCUUCUACAAGAUCGGCGCUUGCCGCCACGGCGACCGGUGCUCGCGGCAGCACCAUAAGCCGCCCUUCAGCCAGACCAUCCUGGUGCAGAACCUCUACCAGAAUCCGGUGUCGGCGGUGAUGGCCGCAGGGGGUGACCCCUCCCAGCUUCCCAAAGAUCACGUCCAGGACGAUUUUGAGGACUUUUUCGAGGAGGUUUACGAGGAGCUCAGCAAGUUCGGAGAGAUUUCCGAGAUGAAUGUGUGCGACAAUCUCGGAGACCACCUUAUCGGCAACGUGUACGUAAAGUUCCUUGACGAAGAAGACGCGGAUUCUGCUCUCAAGGGCCUCAUGGGAAGGUGGUACGCCGGUCGGCCCAUCAUGUGCGAGUUCAGCCCUGUGACAGACUUUCGGGAGGCGCGCUGCCGGCAGUUCGAUG